AUGCUGUCAGUGCAUUACAGGAGUGCCACUGCUGCCGACGUCGGGCCCUCUCGUCUGCAUUUGCCACCGUGCACAGCCGAAGCCUACGAAGACUUCGUUCGUCGGCUAACUACUGAGGCGGAAUUGGCAGACAAGGCGGUAUGUGUAUAUUUGUUUGACUGUUCUCAGAUCAGACAGCUGGCCGUGGUGGGAGGGCGGAGUGAAAAAGACUUUGUCAGAAAUCUUCUGACUGCUCUCAUUGGUCCGCCGCUUUGUUACACCUUCUGCUGGAGGGGCGCAUCCAAGGAGAAGCGGUCGUUCCUUGCCUGCCCGUUAUUUAGCAUCCUCAACGGUAGGUCUACUUUUGCUUAUUGGCACAUACAGAUGCCAUCGGCCAAAACCCCGUUUUAGCAACUGCAACAGGGAGGUACUUCGACUUACGGCCAUUAAUUGGUUCCAUGGGUCGAAGGACCGUUAUGGAGGACGAUCGAGACGCAGGCGCAAUAUUCACACAGUACGACAUUUUGCUUUGAAUUACUGCCUAAAUGUGUUCAGUUUCAAGGAGUCCCCACUGAUGACCUCGCAUGCCCACAACUCUCCCCUCCGAAGCACACGUAAGUUAACUGAAAAAGACUGCUAUUAACACACUUUAUGUUAUUUCCCUCUUUACAAUAAUUAUAAUGAUAGUAUGUAUUUCGAAAGUAUGUAUACAUACUAGUAUGUAUACAUACUAGUAUGUAUGAAUUAACAGUGUACUUUGCAAUAGUAAUUAUUAUAUUGUAAUAACUAUUGCAAAGUACAUUGUUAAUUAACUCGAUGAUGUCUGCUUGAGGUCUGACGUUCGCAGAAGUAGUAAAUCCGCCUACCUAUCUCUUGAGUUCGAAAAGUGAGACCUAGCUCAUUUUACCCGGCCCUCGUUGACCGGUUUGGGGUCUGCGUCGGACCCGCAUUUUACUGUGAUCAGUGCCGCGCCCGCCCUGGUUGACUGCGUAGAUAAUUAGCGUCCCUAAUUACUUCGCGCCGUCGCUGCCUCUUGUCAAAUUGGUUCGUAAAACCGAAUACGGGCAAAUAAAUGAAUUUGGCAAAGGACAUCCGGGCUUCUCUGCAUCAGCCCUGAGGUAAAUUAGGGUCAUGUACAUAGAACUAUGUGCGUGAAUUUCCAGUGCCUGGGGACGGGCAGACGAAUUCACUACUCGGAACGCCGGACCCGCGUCUGGCCUGCACCGAAGGAAGCCUCCUUAUGACACGCCACCUAGGAAUUGCAUUUCUCCUACUAUUGACAUUAUUGAUUAGUUCAAGGACAAGAGCAUUUCCCAUGUUUUACCACAGUUCUUUUUGUUACAGGAACCGCCCAUAA